AUGCAUGAAUCCAGCAAAGGUGAGGUAUCCACGCUCAAGAAGGAGAAUUGUGCCCUAGAGCAGAAGAUUAUCAAGCUCAAGCAGCAAGUCAUAUCUCUUGAGGGCAAACUUGAGAUAUCAAGUUCUAGAUACAAGCAACUGCUGGAACACAUCGGCUCCCUAGGCAUUGGCACUCCCAUGGACCCAUUUAAUGAGAUGUUGAAGAUGGCACACAAGGCCAACAGACAGAUCCCACUAUAUUGCAAAGAAGACUAUAAUGAUGGUGUGUACUACUGGUUGAAGAAUGACUGGACAAAAGAAUAUCUAGGUGGUUGUGGUGUCCUCACAGUGAAACACCUGGAUGGUGCUGGCUCCGCAUCAUAUCUUGUUGACGAAGAUGGUUUUGUUGCAUCUGAGACCAUGCAGCAGAAAAUGCGCGAGACACUCCACACCCUCUGCUUCACAUCACUCAGAUUUGGUUGUGCACCUACCUCAUGGACCAAGAUCGACAUUAUGGCCCUUGAAUUUGUUCGACUUUCAAUGCGAAAGGCCUUCAUACACUUUCACCUGUGUGACUCAGAUUGGAAGAUGGAUCAAUUUGCAAUCAGACAUUACCUGCAAUGGACACAUAGACCAAAGGAGCAGGGCGAUCCUGUCAUGCAGGAGAAGACAAUCAUCAAACGGGAGAGCACUGAUGAAAUGUUACGUGCAGCAUCUGCAAAACCGAAGUGGCCACAAUCCAUCACUGUCUCGCCAUCCAUAAGACACCAAAAAAAGAAGAAGGAGGACCAUACUAUCAAGAUUGUCACACCUGUGACUGUUGUGAACACUAUUGAAAGGGCUGCAAGAGCCAAACAUACUACUAGUAGUGUCCCGAUGCGGGUAGUGGAGACACCCGGCAACGACAACAAUGGACCACCAUUGCAGUCUAUUUUCACCAGCACUGCGAUACACGCUGUCAAGAUUGUGAACCCGCUGACAGGCUUGUUCAAAACAAAGUUGGAGACUCCAUCUGACAUCACCUCCGCUGUGACACCACCUGCCACCACUUUCUCCUCAACAAAUGAUCUCAUUGCACAUAUGGUGACUGCGAGUAUGAACAAUAUCAACAAUGCUGUUGUGCCUCCAACUAUUGAGGCUAAACAGUCGUUUAUCCAGCUUCUAUCAAACUCCAUUCUAGCUACGAAGGACGCUAGUACUACCUGUACUAAUACUAGUGCUGUAGUUGCCAUCGCCACUGGCUCAUUUGCAGCUGCUGACCUUGACAUAGAUUCCACGAAGGCUACCAAGAAGAGGAAGGACCCAAACACAGCCAAAGAAGCAAACAGCCGAGCAACUGCAAAGAGUCUAUGCGCUAUUGAUUGGGUGGCAUCUAACAUAGGCAGCACCAAUGCUGCAUUUGAGAACUACUGGAGGAAACUCGACAAGGAGGACAAGAAGAAGUAUCAAGAUAGGGUUGCACUCGUCAAGACAGCAAAAGCCUGCGCUGUCACCUUGCCCAAUGUGGACAUUGAUGUAGUGGGGACAUCAGAUGAGAUACUGACAUCAUCCUAG